UUGCGUGUGUGUAUGAAUUGUUAUUUAACCAUAAUUUUUAUAUCGCAUAUGUUUUGCUAGAAUUAAAUCAUAAAUAAUUAACAUUUUUAUACAAUUAUACAAGUUGAUUGAAAUGUAAAGUAUUAAAGUUAAUAGAAUAAUUUGUAGUCUGUAAAAUCAUGGGAAAAUUAAGAAUAAAUAAAUCCAAUUUAUUUAGGAGCUUUGUUGUUUGCUCUGUAUUGGCAACUUUGCUUGUUCUCUAUAAUCUUGUGAAUAUUAGUUUUUCUCGCAGAAAGGAGGCUUUCGAAAAUCAAAUAGCACUUCAACCCUCGUCUGCCAAACUACUUGAGGAUCAUGCCGUAAACUUAGGAUUUGUUCAACCACGGCUAUCGUCAUUGGAUCCAGUAAAUGAAGAUGUUCCAGAAGCGGAGCUAAUACCAGAUCCUGAACUCGCAGUCCCCGAUCACGAUUUUCAGGAAGAAGCUCAACAUCCAGAAGACGAUGUAAUUGACGAAGCUAGCGAAAAGUUUGCUCUUCCGCAAGACGAGCCUGACCUGAUUAUAGUGACCCAACACGACCCUGACCCCGGUGAAGAAAUCAUGACUGAUCCCAACAACAAAGAACUAUUGAAUGCACAGCCGGAACCAGAUGAUGAUUAUUUCCCCCCGGCUGAUCCCGAGGAUCCGGACCCCAUCAAACUUCUUAAGGAAUCCUCCAUCUCUUUCCAACGGGAAGCAAUCGCCCAAAAGUUUGCGAGUUUGGAGGGUGAAGACCCAGCAGAAGUGAGUCUUGCAAAGUUGCAGCUGUCGGAUGGUGGGAAACCGAUUCGGAACUUGAUCUUUGCCACAUGGGGAUCAGGUUCUGACUUUGUUGGUGAAGCAGUGGCCUCUCACCCACUGACAUUUUAUCACAAUGAGCCACUAAUUCACAAGGGCGUUGUACAAAUUGGACCACUUUCUUUGGACGAGGCGGACAAUGCAACGGGCACAAUAAAGGCACUUCUCAAUUGCGAAUACUCACAAGUUGGUGACCUUGUAAGCUUUUUCAUGGAAAACCAAAAGGUUCACAACAAGAACUUUAGACUGUGGAAAUAUUGUCAAAAAACCAGACAGCUCUGCAUGGACGCUGGCUUUCUCUCAGAGAUGUGCUCCCUCUUUCCGUACCAAGCCGUCAACCUCGUCCGCCUGAGACUUAAAUUGUCCGAGACUUUUCUUGUUGACGAACAACUCGAUGUUCGAGUCCUUCACUUGGUCCGAGACCCUCGAGCAGUUAUUCACUCUCGCAUAAAUGAUGAAUCCAACCUUCGAUGCAGUGAAAGUGUCGCAUGUCAUGACCCUGCCAAACUUUGCUCCGAUAUGGUGGACGACUUUUACGCUGCAGAAGAACUCAGGGAAAAGUAUCCCGACACUUUUUUGGUUCUUCGCUAUGAAGAUAUUUUCAACCAACUUGAUCACGGGUUUGAAGUCAUUUUGCAUCAUUUUCGCUUGCAGUUGCAUCCCAGCGUUCAACAAUUCUUAAACAUAAAUGCUGCAAGGGAUUCAAAAAGUCCGACUCCUAAUUCGUUCGCUGAUGUGCAACCCUACGUUUGGGUCGAUCAUUUUAAGGACAAUCCAGAAGAUUUAGAACACCUGAGGAAUAUCGAGAAAAACUGUCGUGAGGCAAUGGAGUUGUGGGGAUAUGCUCCAGUCCCAGAUGCAUUAAGUAAAGAAUUUAACACGAUUGUGCAACCACCAUGGUCUGAAAUGCGAUUAGUUUAAUUUGAUUAUCCGUAUGACAUAACUUUGAAAAAUGUUUCACAUGGAAAUGCAUUUAUUUAUGAAGCUCAUACUACCCUGACAUACUCAAAUACAGUGUUAAAACUCAAAUCAAAACUAAUCCUGACUGGUGACUCGUAGGCUAUGAGAAUGGAGUUUGAUUUAUUCUGAAAAAAUGUUCCAAACGUAUGUAACAAGGAAUCAAAGCUUUAACUUUCCUAAAACAUAAGUUAUGUUUUGGAAAGUAAAAGUUAGGCUGGCAUUAUGUGCGGCAUAUGAUUUUAUAAUUUGUAUUUCCGAGUUACAUAAUGCAUUUUAAUUAGAGUUUUUAUGUGUUGUUGCUCAUUAAUAUCUAUUAUCGCCUUAAUUAACACCCUUUCUAAUUAACAAUCAGCCAUUCAUCACAAUUAGUGAGGACAGAACUCCAAUGUGUGUUCAGCAAGAGAGUAAUUUCAAAAUGUAAAUAAACGCAUUGGGGGAAUUAAGAGUAAUGCAAUAAAACGAGCAAUGAAAUGACAACAACAA